AUGGCUCCAGCAAAGAAGGGCAACGAGAAGAAGGGCUGUUCUUCCAUCAACGAAGUAGGGACCAGAGAAUUCACCAUCAACAUGCACAAGCGCACCCACGGAGUGGGUUUCAAGAAGCGUGCCCCUCAGACACUCAGCGAGAUCCGGAAAUUUGCCAUGAAGGAGAUGGAAACUCCAGAUGUGUGUGUAUCGACACCAGACUCAACAAAGCUCUCCCGGGCCAAAGGAAUAAGGAAUGUCCCAUACUGUAUCCAGGUGCGGUUGUCCAAAAAACGUAAUGAGGAUGAAGAUUCACCAAACAAGCUCCAUACAUUGGUUACCGACCUACCUGUGACCACUUUCAAAAAUCUACAAACAAUAUGGAUGAGAACUAACUGCUGA